AUGUUUCUGAGCGUUGUUCUGCUUCUAGCUGCUCAGCAUGCCUUGCCUGCUCCAGCUCUGCAUGCUCUGACCAUGAGCAGCAACUCCUCCUUCAGCAAUGUGAAGGGCCUGAGGAACCUCACCACACAGGAAGAUGGGGCAGUCAGAGUCACUGAGUCCAUCGCUAUCAUCGUCAUUGCCAUUUUCAUCUGUUUGGGCAACCUGGUGAUUGUCGUCACUCUGUAUCGGAAGUCUUACCUUCUCACGCUGAGCAACAAGUUUGUGUUCAGCCUGACCCUUUCCAACUUUUUGCUCUCUGUACUGGUGCUACCUUUUGUUGUCACCAGCUCCAUCAGGCGGGAAUGGAUCUUCGGAGUUGUUUGGUGCAAUUUCUCAGCCCUGCUCUACAUGCUGAUCAGCUCAGCCAGCAUGCUCACUCUUGGACUUAUAGCUAUAGACCGGUACUAUGCUGUCCUGUACCCGAUGGUUUAUCCAAUGAAGAUAACGGGCAACAGAGCAGUGGUGGCUCUUGUGUACGUGUGGCUGCAUUCCCUCAUUGGCUGUCUCCCUCCCCUUUUCGGCUGGUCCUCUUUGGAGUUUGACCAAUUCAAGUGGAUGUGUGUGGCAGCCUGGCACAAGGAGGCUGGUUACACUGCUUUUUGGCAGAUCUGGUGUGCGUUGCUGCCUUUUCUGGUCAUGAUGAUCUGCUAUGGAUUCAUAUUCCGAGUGGCAAGGAUUAAGGCCCGCAAAAUCCACUGCGGUAGCGUCAUCAUUGUGGAGGAGGACUCACAGAGGAAUGGGAGGAAGAAUUCCAGCACUUCCACAUCCUCUUCUGGCAGCCGAAGGAAUGCUUUCCAAGGGGUUGUUUACUCAGCCAACCAGUGCAAAGCAUUCAUAACCAUCUUGGUUGUCAUUGGGGCUUUCGUGAUUACAUGGGGGCCUUACAUGGUAGUCAUUACAUCGGAGGCACUUUGGGGUAAAAACAGUAUUUCCCCUGCUUUGGAGACAUUAGCUACAUGGUUGUCCUUUUCCAGUGCCAUUUGUCAUCCGCUAAUUUAUGGACUGUGGAACAAGACAGUGCGCAAGGAACUACUAGGGAUGUGCUUUGGGGAUCGGUACUACCGCGAGUCCUUUGUUCAGCGGCACAGGACGUCCAGGUUAUUCAGCAUUUCCAAUAGGAUCACAGAUUUGGGACUAUCUCCUCAUCUUACUGCCCUCAUGGCAGGUGGGAGGCCUUUAGGAAACAGCAGCAGCACAGGGGACACAGGUUUCAGCUGUUCACAGGAUUCAGGCACAGAUGCAAUGCUUCUUGAAGAUUAUAGCUCAGAUGGCCCUCAGCCCCCACACUGCAUCUGUCCUCCCCGAAGGAGGAGUUCAGUGACAUUUGAAGAUGAAGUAGAGCAAAUUAAAGAAGCUGCGAAGAAUUCUGUUCUUCAUGUAAAAGCCGAAGUCCAUAAAUCUCUGGACAGUUAUGCAACCAGCCUAGCAAGAGCUAUUGAAGCUGAUGUGAAAAUCAGCUUGUUUGGGGAAGAUGCUUUACCAGGAGCUCUGUUCCCUGCACGGACUCUGCCAGGAAGCAGUAUGAACACACGCCGUGGUGCCAGGCCCCAUGCCAGCCAAAGACUUAAGCUGCAGAGCAUUGAUGAAGGGAAUAUUUGA